AUGGACACCUUUUAUGUCACAUUACAUAUCGCUUUGGUAUUUUAUCUCAUCACCCCUGGGAAAUCAACUUGUCUGAUCGGUUGCUCCUGCACAGAUGAUAACUUGGAAAGGUCUUUGCUUUGUAUGGAAACCUCCAUGAGACGAAUCCCAGAGGACAUUCCACAUGAUUUCACUAAAAUUCGAAUUGAAAACAGCCGCCUGACUGAGUUACCUCAGGGAUCUUUGUCUAAAGUUAGUGCCUUGGAGUUCCUCUGGCUGAAUUUCAAUGAGAUCGCCCUGAUGAACAUAAAAAGCCUGGAGGGGCUGGCCAACCUAACUGAGCUCAGGCUACAAGGGAACAAGCUGACUUCAGUACCAUGGAUGGUGUUUCAGGACACACCGAAACUGAAGAUUUUGGACCUGAAGCACAAUAGACUGGACGUCCUGCCUGAACACGCUCUGAGACACUUACCUGCACUGACUUACUUAGAUUUAUCUUUCAAUCAGCUUACUGUCAUAUCAAAAGAUGUUUUCAUUAAUUGGCCUCGUUAUCGUACAGCAGAGAAAGAGUGGGAGAAGGAAGGGCUGGUUUCCAAUGUGGUUCUGGCGUUGCAUGACAACCCCUGGUUGUGCGAUUGCCGCCUCAAAGGCUUUGUUGAGUUCAUCAGGGCGGUGAGCCCUCCCAUCAUUCUGAUGAACUCUUAUUUGACAUGCUCAAGCCCCGCCUCCAAAGCAGGCAAGUUUUUCAAUGAGAUCCAGUUAAAAACAUGCAUGAAGCCGGUAGCCUCUGCCCCAGAGACUAACAUCACUUUACCUCUCGGAGCAAAUGCAACACUCACAUGCUUAGUCAAGGCCAGGCCAGGCCCAACCAUUCAGUGGAUGUACAGUCUGAAGAUUAUAAGAGGAUUUGCUGCUAAAGAGACUUACAUAGACGGGGACACAGUCACCUCCCAGCUGGUGAUUCCCUCUCUUCAGCUGGCAGACCGAGGACUCUACACCUGCAUGGCCAACAACUUCAUUGGCAACUCUUCUGUCAGCAUCAAGGUUAACAUUAGCUCCUCCAGUUCCUCUGUUCCUCUCCCUCCACAUGUCCCCAUGUUGUCAACCGACGAGAAUCCCUACAUUGACAUCCGCAUAGCUAAGCAGACAGUUUAUGGUAUCACCCUUGAGUGGUAUGCAGCAAGGAACAACCCAGAAGAAACCUGGUUCACCAUCCACUUUGGCAAAUAUGAUUUACCCAAAAAGGAGAUGAUCUACAUUGGCCCAGGCAUCAACAGCUACUCUGUCAGCGACCUGCUUCCUGUCACCAAAUACGAGGUGUGUGUGACCCUGAAGAACCAUCAGCCGAGGGAAGGCCAGUGCAUCGUAUUCGUGACGGGAAGUGACAUCAGUGAGCUUGAGCAAAGAGAGAGGCUCAUCCACAUUAUUGUCGUUGUGUGCGCCAUGAUGCUGGCAGUGCCGGCUGGCAUGUACGCCUGUACCACCGAGGCCAGGUUCAGCUGCGUGGAGCGCUGCAUGGAUCUGUGGAAGAUGCGCAGGCUGCGUGAAGAGAACCUGCAGAGGACGGAGAGGCAGGGCACCUUCGACAGCCUGCAGUCAGCCAGCGAUGAGGGCCUGUGCAGGGUCUCAGAGGAAAAGAUGAAAAAGAGGCGGAAGUCUGAGGACAGGAGCAAGGGAGGAAAUGCAGCUCAUCUGUACUAG